AAGAAAAUCUGACUAUCGAUGGGUCCCUUUUUAUAACAAAGGGUGGUGUCCAAUUGUCAGAAGAGCUGAUCAAAUGCCCUUCUCGUAUAGCUCGUGAGAGUAAAUCUCGCUGCAGGAUGGGACCGGGAUGCGGGAUUUGAAUCAUUUGUCUCGGCCAAUAAGUGAGAUCAAUUUCCGGUCGUAUCCCACGAUGGCUCUGCACAUGGCCACCAAUGGUUCGUCAGUAUUGUUUGGUUUGAUUUCAUCCCGGGACCAGCCUCGGGACAAUAUUUUCCGAGGAGCAAUCAUGAUUUCUAUUUGAAGCCAUGGCUUGGAUGAUGCAUAAACCAUGAAGUUGGAU